AUGACUCUACAACCCAACUCAUCUUCCACAAGCGAUACUGAGUACAUUCCUUUUGAUACAGCUGAAGUAGAAUCAAGCAAAAGUGAAGGUUCUCAAUCUGAGGGUUCACUUUGUGUUACAAUCGCACCAUGUCCACCACCUGUCACUACAAAAUCAACACCAAUUACCUCUCAACCAUCACCUGCCACUUCUACACCACCUACUUCUACUACCCAACCCCCACCUGUUUACACUGACACUACAACAACCACUACCACAGGCGAACCUCUCGUUAAUGUUAACACAUCUGAUACGGGGGCAAAUACUUUAGGUUUUGUCACUUCUACUACCACACCUCCUGUUUCCCCUCAGCCUGGUCACACCUUUGAAGACCAUAUUGGUGGUGAUGGACUGGAUUUUGAUACAUUCCAUUACAGUCCUUUCUCCAUUCAAGAAAACAGUGAUGACAAUGCUUAUCUCACUCAGAGGCAUCUCAAGGAACUGAACACUAAGCUGGAUACACUUCUUGCUUCUGCUAUUGCUUCCACGAGCCACGCAUAUUCUGAAGCCACGGUUAAAAAUAUGCUCGAUACUUUGGUCAAGGAGCAUGUGGCGAACCUUGAGAAAGAGAACAAAGCAGUUGAAGAUUCCACCCUCUUAAACUAG